CUCGGAGCAGUUCGACAGAGGAUAUCAAGCUGUGUGGACCAAGAUGAGGAUAAUUUGCUUGCUUUUUUUGGUUGCCUUCACAGCCCUGGGAGAGGCUCAGGCUCAGAAGCACAACAGACUUGCUAAACGGGAGCUCUUGUUGCGUUCCAAAAGACGAUGGGUCUUGUCUACGAUUGAACUAGAGGAAGAAAAACAAGGAAAAUACCCAAUGGAAAUUUCACGGAUGUUUAAUGACAAAACUGAGGGGAAAAACUACAAGUUCAAAAUAAGCGGAGAAGGUGUGGAUACUGGUAUUUUCACCAUUAACGAAACAUCAGGAGUCGUCUUUGCACACAGGCCCGUCGACAGAGAGACAAAAAAAGCAUACCAUAUCAAGUUUGAUGUCUUGGAUAAAGUGACUAAUGAGCAAAUAGACAAGGAGCUGUCUUUUGAUAUCGAAGUAAAGGAUAUAAAUGACAACCCACCAAUAUUUUUCCAUCCCAAAAUAGUAGCCAAGGAGUAUGAAAAUAAGAAAGAAGGGUACUUGUCAGUGCAGCUGCAGGCCAUGGACGGAGAUCAGAAACAAACGGACAACUCAAGAUUCAAUAUCACCGUGGUUUCGCAGAAUCCAAAAGAGCCCAAGAUUGAUGCCUAUCAACUCGAUGAAAGAAUGGCUCAGCUUACCCUUAAAGGAUGCUUUAACUACGAUAAAGCAAGGAGGUAUGACGUUGUUGUUCAAGCAACAGAUCAUGGAACUCCAAGCCUUUCCUCCACUGCGCUGGUCACCAUCCAUAUCAUUGACAGUAACACUCAUCAGCCGACGUUCAAGGAGACCGAGUACCACGCUCAGGAAAAUGAAAUGGUCUUAAAAGAGGAUUUCAUGAGAGUUGGAGUGGACGACAAAGACACUCCCAAAACUGAUGGCUGGCGAGCCAAGUAUUUCUUCAUUAAAGGAAAUGAGGAGAACAUCUUUGACAUUAAAACUGACCCUGACACAAAUGAGGGUAUCGUGAGCAUAAUCAAGGAGAAGAAUUAUCUUCAGACGACUACCCUCAACCUGCAAAUUGGAGUAGAGAACAUUGAACCGUUGUUUGUUUGUCACGCUCAAUCUGGCGACGACAAACCCACACCUCCUCCUCCACCUCCAAAGUCAGUCAACCUCUCAGUGAGAAUGAUUGAUGCCAAUGAUCCGCCAGAGUUUUCAAGAACUACAGCUAAUGUGUAUCAGAAGGAAGAAGAAAUGCCAGGAAAGUUGCUUUUCACUCCAGAUGUUAAAGACAUAGAUUCUGGAAGCUUCAGGUACGUGCUUGUAGACGAUCCAGCUGACUGGGUAUCCCUCGACCCGAAAACAGGAAAACUCACAGCGACGAAGAAGAUGGACAGAGAGUCACCCUUUGUUGACAAAGAUAAUAUUUACAAAGUUGUCAUGGCAGCCGUAGAUGAUGGUGAACCUCCAGCCACAGGUACAUGCACUGUCAAGAUCCACCUGAGGGAUAUCAAUGACAACACACCAAAGCUGACCAACAAUAGCCUCAUUAUGUGUGGAAACAAAGUUAACAAGGUCACAGUGCCUGCCAGGGACUCGGAUCAACCUCCUUACAGUGGACCGUUUGCCUUCUCCCUGGGGGGCGAUGAAUCUCUGAAGCAGCAAUGGAAACUAGACCCUAACUUUGGUAUGGAAGGUGGCCUUGUCAGCGUGAAGUCGCUUCCUUACGGUAACUACUCGGUGCCCUUCAUGAUCUACGACCAGCAGAACGUAGUUGGAAAAGAUACCCUGGAAGUAACGGUGUGCGACUGUGAAGAUGGUGAUGUUUGUCGUGACAAAAUGGCAGUCUCAUCCAAUUUCGGAGACGCCGGCAUCGGACUGCUUAUUGCCGGAUUGCUUUUAUUCUUGUUACUGUUACUCAUCUUCAUGUGCGAGUGUGGAAAGAAGACAUUUGAGUACAUGGAACAGGACGAGGGCAACCAGACUCUUAUCAAAUACAACCAAGAGGGAGGCGGCUCUGCAUGCAAGGCUGAACCCACCCUGCUCCUGACGCCUACAAAUGGCAUAUCUGUGACGGAUGGCAUCAAGCAGGGCACCAUGCGGAUGACUGAGAUGGCCCCAGUAAUGACCCACGACGUGGACAGGUACAACACAUCAUACACCAUGCAAACGAACUCCAACAUGACCUCAAUGGGUUUUCAGAAAAGAGACAGUCCCAGAGGCAACGAGGGCCAGAUGAUGAGCAAGUACUCUACCUGGACUACAAACAGGAUGAACAGCUAUCAGAGCAAUUCAUCACGCUACAUGCGUUCUAUGAGCCUGCGAUCAAACCAGCGCAUUGCAGAUCACAUCGACAGGAGACUUUACAUGAUUGAUGGAAACCCUGUGGACUACCCGGUGUACCAACCCCACAAGUACGCCUACGAAGGACAGGGCAGCAAAUGCCAGUCACUGGAUGAGCUGUCCAUCACCAACCUGGGAGAUGAUUUCCAGUUUCUGGAUGAUUUGGGGCCAAAGUUCAAGACAUUGGGAGAAAUGUGUAGCAAGAAAAUACAAGUGAAAAGCACACAGCUCUAAAAAGCUCUGCUGGAAUGUAACUUUUGCACCAAGCAAGUCAGUCUUCAUUUUAACUCUGUGACUGCGAUUAUGGAUGGAUCUAUCUGGAGGUGAUGCACCACCGCGGUUGGAUUUUGUACUUGUACAUUACAGACUUUAACGUCUCAAGCAUUUAAAGCCAGAUAUUGUUUGCUUGCACUGAUCUGUGAAGCAAGGAUUACAUGGCAGCAGCUGUAUUUUGCUUGCUUGAAGAUGGAAUGAAUGAAUGCACUGCACACCCUGUCAUGCUCUGCUGAUUUUGAAAUGUUGUAACGUGAAAGUGACUGGGUGUGUUUACUUGUUUCUUAGUUUGCCACAUUGACAGUGGUAUCUGCUAAUGCGCAUUAUCGCUAGCUCUUUGGGUUUUUUGAGGACAGUAUUAUUUUAAACAGACGUUCGUGUGUGGAAACUGGGUUUUUUUUUUUUUUUCUUGUAAUAAGUAAGAUUUUUUUUUUCUGCCUGUCACUUUGGUGACAGCACUCUUUUGUAAAGGGUCCUUGAUGAGCAUCAGCAGAAAUCUUAACUGGUAGAAGUAAUUGUCUAAUCGUGACUAAACAUUGGUUUUGUUCUUGUGAACUGUAAAUAUCAGUGGCUUUUUUGUAAAUGAUCUUGUGCCACAGCAGUGUGAAACAUUGCAAAGUUUAUUCCCUUUUUUUUUGGUUUUCUCAUGUGUUUUUGUAUGCUGUCGGAAACUUCUGUUUUUUUUAGAAAACAAAUUUAAAUGUAUUAUUUGGAAAGAUGUUUCCUUUGUCAUUGCUAAAAGCAACCGCAAUCAUCGGGAUGAAAUAUUUUAAUUGGACAGGAGGGAAAGAAAUGUUGAUUUAAUGAAAUAAUUACAAUAAAAUCAUACCAAAAAAAGCUUUCGAUAUAACGAUUGUAACCAAUUUAAAGUGUUAAGAGCUCCUGUUCCGUAGAUGACAAUUCAGUUGAACCACGACAGUUACUACUAUUAAUUCAUUUUACUUUUACACAAUACAAGUCCAACCUUUUGACUAUGACACAAAUUUCUUUAGAAGUGGCAGCGCUAACAUUGUCUCAUGAGAAGGGUAGAGAUUAAGCUGAAUUUUCUGUUUUCUCACUGCACCCUCAUUCCCAUGAAAACCCCGCCUCACACUGCGUGGGUUCCUUGAAGCCAAUAUCUGAACAACAGUUCAAAAAUUGAUGACAGCUUUUCUCUACCAUAACCAAAACAACCUCCAGCCUAUGAAAAUUUGGCAUCUACUAUGUUUCUGUAGUUUCAACUUGUGCUCACUCAGUAAGUUUGGAAGUUUUUGUGUGUCCAUCAGUCUGUCAGCAGAAGCGGCUGAACUUGUUUGAAUAAUACCCAUCAGAGAGGCCAGGUGUAGCUGAGGUGUGGCAUGGAAACUGAUAUGGAAGUCUGAAACUCAGAGCUAGACUGACAAACAUGCAUGACUCAGACACAAACUCAGCAUGCAUCGAAUAUCUUUCAAACCUUCCUGAUCCACAAGCGAAAAUACUUUUCGCAGCAGGGCAACGUGAAACACAAAUGAAAACACGAGACCGUUGAGAAGACUAAAUGUGCCAGUUUUUCAGGCUACAGCAGGAAAUAUGCAGAUAGCAUCACAAAUAACGACUAUUCAGAAUCAAAAAACAAAAGAAAAGAAAAACACAACAAGGUAACCCAUAGCUUACUGUUAUAAAACAAAACAAGUUGUGUUGAAAUAACGGCCUAAAAGCUAGUUUUGGUGCGAUUUGACUACUUUUCAAUGCUUUAAAAUGUAAAAAGUGAGAAGUCAUCAGGCCACACAAUUCUGUUAGCUCUGCAUGUGCAAGUUAACAGGCACAAGAAAGUAAUUCAGUUUGAAACAACAAAGUUCAAUGUUUAAAAUGUCAGCUAUGGGAAAAGAAAGUCCUUGUUAUUAUGGAUUGGUUCUACUAUGAUGUUGGGUUUUUCUUUGUUUUUUUUGUAUAAUCACUGAUCUCUGAACCCAGUGUGCAAUUCAAAUACCAAAAAAAAGCAAGAGUGCUGUCUGAAUCCCGAAGUAAGCUUCCAGUUUCACUAACUUGGCGGCUUGCCUUUAAUUGCCAUACAGGUUUUCCGUUCUCUCACACAGGGUGUUGUCUAGUUACAGUCGUUAUCUUUAUUCCUGAGAAGUGAUUUCAUCAGGGCUGCUGGCAAACAGGUUCAAUGUCAUCUUGCUUCCAUGCAAAACAUCCCACACUGUUAAAACAGCUGGGACAUGCCCGGCCAUGUAAAAAUAAGAAAAAAACUAAAAUAAAAAAGGGUAAAAGGUAGAAAUUGUUGGCUUGUUUCAGACACAUUUGAAAAAGCUGAACAUUUGAACCAGUGCCUACAGACAGAGGUGUUGACUUGAAGUUAUUUUUACGAGAUACUCUGAUUGUCUUAUAAAGGAACUGUUGUGCCAAAUAUUAAACUGUGAAAAAUUGUGCCCAUUUCAUUGCAUAUCUUACUUUUCACAACAACAGUCAAUAAAACAACUGUGGUUA